AUGCAGUUCUCGGCUGAGAUUCAAACCGCGGUUGAGCCGUUUACCAUUCCAUUUUUAGGUACCAGCCAUGUUGCCUUCGCCCGUCGCAUUACGGUUCGUUUACCCAUCACAUCAACGAACUAUGGCCUAACAGAACACAGCAUGAGCUACGAACACGAGUUGUUGAAAAGGAUUUUGGAUAUCCCCUCAACCCCGUCGCCAAACUUUCUAGCAGCAGCCAUUCCUCCAUAUGCACAGACAUGGCAGCUGGGUGUGUACGACGGAUGCACAUGUGAACACUUCCUUGGUAUUGGACCCUGA